ACCCUGGUCACUAUAACUCGAGUAGGCUCUCUUUCUUUCUCUCUCUUUCACACACACACACACACACUCUCUCUCUCUCUUUUAUUGCCAUCCCUUGAUGUUAAACAGGACGUCUCCAUGGAUACAGGAAUAAACAGAUGAUAACAAGCCCUCAGCCUUUAAAGCCCAUUUCAGAAGGGAGUAACAGGAGAGACAGAGAAAGAGAGAGAGAGCGGAACGAGACAGAAGUUGUGCAGACCUGGGAGCGUGUGUGUGUGUGUGGAUUGCCAACAGCUGGAGUCAGUAGCACAGAAUACCCAAUAUGGCAGAAAGCACAGAAAUGGACGAGCUUCUGAGCGCCUUUAAGAAGUUUGCAAUUCAUGGUGACACCAAAGCCACUGGAAAGGAGAUGAACGGGAAAAACUGGGCUAAACUAUGCAAAGACUGCAAAGUUAUUGACAGCAAGAAUGUCACCAGCACUGACGUAGAUAUCAUCUUCACAAAAGUCAAAGCAAAGACAUCUCGGGUCAUAACAUACGAGGAGUUCCAGAAAGCUCUAGAAGAACUGGCACCAAAGAGGUUCAAAAAUCAAAGCAAAGAAGAGGCACUGCAGUCUAUACAUAAGCUAAUUGAGGGAAAGGAACCCACCAACAUUGGUGUAACGAAAGUGGCAAAAACCGCUGCCGUGGAUCGAUUAACCGACACAUCUAAAUAUACGGGCUCUCACAAGGAGCGCUUUGAUGAGAGUGGGAAAGGCAAAGGAAAAGGUGGCAGGGAGGAGAUCGUGGAGCACACGGGUUACGUGGGUGCCUACAAGAACGCUGGGACGUACGACGAGAAGACCAAGGCCAAGUAAGGCCCCGCUGUCUCCACGUCAGCGAGCUUCACCUGAGCUUCAUCUUCAUCAGCACUUAGGUCUGGACCAAAGUCAAACUUGAACUUUGACCUGCAAGAUCACACAGCCACUAUGCAGUGUAACACAGGAAGUGUUGUAAAUGUUUCUCUUUAAGGAUAAAGAACAUUUAUUAUAGUAUUACAGUCGGUUUUCGUUAGAAAGUUGACAGAAGGGUAAGAGAGGAACUGGUGAGGACUGGUCUCACUCGUUUCGUGCAGAUACCAGCCCCUGCUGUAUGUAUGAUUUCAGGUGAAAAUCUCAAAGAGCAAGCAUAAAGACGACUCUUCAGGUGGGGAAACAGAUAAGUAUUUGUUUCAGUUUUUAUGUUGCUGUUUAAUAGCUACAAAAAAGGUGCAUCUAAACACCACACUGCUUCAGGGAGGGGACUAGCAGAACAGAGGAAGACUUGUUUCUUCCAACAUGUGUGUAUAGAUGCAACGGAAUUGCUGUCAAUAAAAUCUUACAAUAUUCAUUGCUUAAACUUAAAUGUCAUUCUCUAAAGGAUAAUGGUAAACAGCUUUAUGUAUGUAUUAGCUACCCUUCUGUUAUUAUUUCCAAAAAAUCAUUGUGAUAUCUUUGUUUAAGUUACCUUACUGUGUUACUGAAACUGGAAACUGCCUUUGUAUAAACCAUUACUAAAUAA